CACAAAACUGUCUCCUUCCCUGGGCCAGACGGAGCGGUGCAGGGAGCCACAGACAGGAGCUGCUUCCAGACAUGGGCCAUCCGCUGCUGCUGCCGCUGCUGGGGCUGUUGCUUCAGACCUGCGUUCCAGUCUCCUGGAGCCUGCAGUGCAUGCUGUGUGGGAGUACUGGGAAAUGCCAGGUGGAAGAGUGUACCCCUGGCCAGGACCUCUGCAGGACCACGAUCAUGCGCAUAUGGGAAGAUGGUGAUGAGCUGGAGGUGGUGGAGAGAGGCUGUACCCACCCAGAGAAGAGCAACAGGACCAUGAGCUAUCGGACAGGCAUGAGGAUCAUCACUCUUACGGAAGCCGUAUGUGGGACCAACUUGUGCAACCAACCCACCUCUGGUCGGGUUUCCACCUUUCCCCGAACCCGAAGCCGGUACCUCGAAUGUGUUUCCUGCGGCUCCUCAGAUCUGAGCUGUGAGAGGGGCUGGGACCAGAGCCUGCAAUGCCGCAGCCCUACAGAACAGUGUGUGGAAGUGGUGACCGACAGGGGCCUGGAAGACAGUCCAAGGGAUGAGCACCACACCCGCGGCUGUGGCAACCUCCCCGGCUGCCCAGGCCCCACCGGCUUCCACAACAACCACACCUUCCACUUCCUGCGGUGCUGCAACACCACCAAAUGCAAUGCAGGCCCAGUCCUGGAGCUUCAAAACCUGCCUCUGAACGGCCUCCAGUGUUACGGCUGUGAGGGGAACAGCACCCAUGGUUGUUCCUCUGAAGAGACUUCCUUAAUUGCCUGCCGAGGCCCCAUGAAUCAAUGUCUGGACGCCACGGGCACUAAUGGGCUGGGCAAUCCGAGCUACACAGUUCGAGGCUGUGCGACCCCCUCAUGGUGCCAGAGUCUCCACGUGGCUGAAGCCUUCAGCAUGACCCAUCUCAAUGUCUCAUGCUGUACUGACAACAGCUGUAACCACCCAAUCCUGGAUCACCAGCCUCGCAUAGGCGGUGCCCCCCGGCCUGGUCCUGCCCACCUCAGCCUCACCAUCACCUUGCUACUAACUGCCAGACUAUGGGGAGGCACUCUCCUCUGGACCUGAUCCCCCACUCCCCCUACCCUGGCUGGAUCCAGGGAGGUCAGCUGCCCUCAGCUCCCAGCCCUGCAGACUUGCUGUGUGACCUCAGGCCAGUGUGCCACCCUCUCUGGGUCUGUUUUCCCAGCCGUUAAGACACCUGUCUCACAGAGUUGCAGAACCAGGAGAGAAAAGCUGAAGAAAGACCGCAGGCCAGCAAGAGAGGUUUAUUAUGUUAGCAGUGUUGCACCGUUGUUAUUAUUAAUUAAUAUUUGUUUUAUUUAAUAUUUUAUACUUAAAUAAAGAUUUUUA